AUGUCAAUAAUAGCAGAGAAACAGUUCAUCAUUUUCUCUAUUGGAAAUCCUGGGCCUAUCAAUAGACACUCUACGGGACAUUUAGUAUUGAAAGAAUUGAUUGAAUAUUUUGAUGCAAAGCAACUAGUGAAACCUCUGUCCAAUUCCAUGUACUCUAUGACGGAGAUUGAUAAUUUAGCAUUAGUCAAGUCAAAUAGCUACAUUAAUGAUUCAAGUAAGCUGUUGAAGCAAUAUAUUGAACAGGAGAGAAUAGGUCUAGCACAAGCAGUCUUAGUUAUCCUCUACGAUGAGUUUGAUUUAGACCUAGGAAAGGUUAGAAUAUCACAGUUCAAGAAAAACGAAUCGCACAAUGGAGUCAGAUCUCUAAAGGAAUAUAUAUCUCGUCAGCCUUCUGACCUGAGGGUGUAUAAAUUGGGUAUUGGAAUCGGGCCAAAGCCUUCGAAUGCAACUACAAGUACCAUGUCGUCUUGGGUAUUAUCAAACUAUAAGCCGGAGGAACGGGAAAUUAUAGACAAUGUAAGUAUACCCCUAGCUAUAGAUUAUAUAGAUCAUAUCAUAGAUGCAAAUGGUGAAAUUCCAGAUUGCAGUAAAUUAAAUGCAUCCUUUACGAAGCGAUCAAAAUUACAGGCAUGA